UGUGCAGCCUGGGGUCCCUGCUAUGAGAUCCAGCCCCGCUGCUCCUGCGAGCGCCCCGGGAAAGCCGGCGCCAGGUCCCCGGGCCCUGAGGCUGCUGCUCCUGCUGGUGGCCGCGCCGUCGGGACGCGCAGUGCCCUGUGUUUCUAGUGGGGUGCCGAAACCUACAAAUAUCACCUUCUUCUCCAUUAACAUGAAGAAUGUUUUACAGUGGAAUUCACCAGAGGGUCUACAUGGAAUUGAACUUACCUAUACUGUCCAAUAUUUCAUAUAUGGGCAAAAGAAAUGGCUGAGCAAAUCUGAUUGCAGACAUAUCAACAGGACCUACUGUGAUCUUUCUGCUGAAACUUCUGACUAUGAACACCAGUAUUACGCCAAAGUUAAGGCCAUUUGGGAAACCAACUGUUCUGAGUGGGGUGAAACAGAGCGAUUCUACCCUUUUUUGGAAACACAAAUUGGCCCACCAAAGGUUUCUCUGGCUACUAGUGAGAAGUCCAUUUCUAUUGUUCUAUCGGCACCAGAAAAAUGGAAGAGAAAUCCAGAAGACCCUACUGUUUCCAUGCAACAAAUAUACUCCAAUCUGAAGUACAACAUCUCUGUGUAUAACACUAAGUCAAAAAGAACGUGGUCCCAGUUUGUCACCAACCACACACUGGUGCUCAGCUUGCUGGAACCCAGCACUCUGUACUGCAUCACCGUGGAGUCCUUCGUCCCCGGGCCCCGUCGCCCGGCUCAGCCAUCUCAGCAGUGUGUCAGUACUUUGAAAGAUCAAACAUCAGCAUUGAAGGUUAAAAUCAUCUUCUGGUAUGUUUUGCCCGUAUCUGUUGUCCUGUUUCUUUUUUCUGUGAUUGGCUACUCCAUCUACCGAUAUAUCCAUGUUGGCAAAGAGAAACACCCAGCCAAUUUGAUUUUGAUUUAUGGAAGUGAAUUUGACAAAAGAUUCUUUACGCCUGCUGAGAAAAUCGUGGUCAACAUCAUCACCUUCAAUAUUUUGGAUGAUUCCCAAAUUUCUCAGAAGGAUACAGUGGAAAACAUCAAUGACAGACCCAACCUUCCUGCGCCUGCGCCUGUGCCCAGCUGGAGUGGGGAGCCACAUGCGGAGGAAGCGUGGGUGAAACACUUAGGGUACACUUCACCCUUGAUGGGCAUUCUCUGUGAUGUUGAGGAAAGGGGUCAAGGGGUCUCCCUAACUCAGGAGGCGUGGCUUGGCGCGGCCACGCCCACAGAGGAGGCAGCCACUGACUACGAGUAUGACAUCCGAGCUGACAUCUCCCUGGGGCCUGCAGAAGACCAGCCAAAUGUGCAGGAGGAGGGGCCCAGACCAGGAACCUUACCUGUGCAACAGACAACCUUGGCACAAGCACUCCUGUACUCAUACGCCCCCGGGCUCUGUGACUUGGAGCAGGAACGCACGGUCCCAGACCAGGGGAGGGCAGAGCCACCAAUGACGCUGGUGGAUUGGGACCCUCGGACCGGCAGGCUGUGCAUUCCUUCGUUGUCUAGCUUUGACCCAGAGCCCGAGGACUGCGGACAUUGGGAGGCUGACAGUCUCCCAGAACAGAGCCUUUUGUCUAGACUCUAUGAGCAGCAGGCCUCCAACACGCCAGCAGAAGAAAGGGAAGAGUAUCUCCAGGAAUUCACGGAGGAAUGGGGAUUGUAUGUACAAAUGGAAAGCUAACCUAAGAUGUUUCCUUUGCUCAGCAACUCUUGUAGCGUUUGAGUGCCCGCAAAGGAGUGGACCGUUCAAAUGAG